AGAACAAUUAAUACUUUAAUUGGGAAUCAGAAGCGCAGCUUCAUUAAAAUCUUGUGCAAUAAUAAGCAUGAGAUGCUGCUUUCUUUUUACCUUUCAUGAUAAGAGUACUUGUUCUGACAUUAUCAAAAUUGAAAUUGUUACAUAAAUGACAUUCCUGAGGAACAAGCUUCUAUGUGAGUUCUAACAUAAAUAACAAGUUGCAAGGUGUCUCCAAACCGUGGUAAUGUGGUAUACAUGAAAAUAACCCGAGGAAAUUAUUCCAUUCUUUCCUCAUUUGGUGUUAGAAAGUAUAAUUCUUUGACUGAACCAUAAGUUUGGAAAAAGUAACCUAGAUGUGGAACCGAAUCUACAUGCAUUGAACAAAGGUACCCCCGAUCACAAGAUUGGAUUUCAGAACUUACAUUUUCAACAUCUGCAUCCUCCAAAGUCUUUUCAUGUCAGCAAAUCAUUCAACCAACAAAAUCAAAGAUAACCAAUCUUUGCUUUACGAUUGCACUUUAUCUAUUUGAAGAAAUGAUUCAAGUUUUAUUUACACUAGUAUUUGCCGAAAUGGUAUUGAUUCUGAGCCUUCUGUUUAGAAGCCCUUUGAGGCAGUUGGUGAUCAUGGGAUUGGAUCGUUCGAAGCAGGGACGAGGGCCAUUGGUGGUGAAGAGUGUGGGAGGAACCAUUCUCGUCUUCUUUAGCUCUACCAUAUACAGUGUGUUCAGUGUGCAGAUUGAUGCAGGCUAUGUUAAUCCCACUGAUGAGGUUCUUAUGGCAUACCGUCUAUUAGAAGCAUCUCUUAUAGGGUUUUCCAUAUUCUUGGCACUGAUGAUAGAUAGGCUGCAUUACUAUAUCAAGGAGCUCUAUCGACUUAGAAAUUACAGGGAAGCAGAACUGAAAAAGGAAUGCAAUGAGCAUAGCAAGAUCAGGAAAAGCAUAAAGCAGGGAUCCCAGAGUUGGGACGAACAACCAUUGUCCAAGACUCCAAAGGCAUAAAGCCAUAACUGUUGCAACAACUGUACAAAAAU